AUGAAACAGCUCCUCAUAAGCAAUGAUUUGUUUCUUUCCCUAAAACUACGUCUAGUUAAAUGCUACAUUUUUCCGAUCUUACUGUAUGGUGUGGAGGCCUGGACGCUGACGAAGACGCUCACGAGAAAACUAGAAGCAUUCGAAAUGUGGAUGUACUGACGCAUUCUUCGUAUAUCCUGAUACAUAAAGGUAAUCCAAACAUGGGAAAAUAGACAGUAAGCGAGGGGUAGGCAGGAGAAGACACUCGUGGCUCCAAAAUCUGCGGAAGUGGUUUUUUUACACAUGGUUGGACAAGUAUU